CAACUCUACGGUGCCGCACUGACCACUUAGAUCAGUCGACGGGAGCUAGGCCCUUAUCCUGCACAUCACCCCAUUAUGAAGUAUUGUCGACAAAGGUCUUUUUUAGACGAAGAUAGCUCGGGACCUGCAUCCAUUGGCGUGGAUUUUUCUCUCUCUCUCUCUGUCUCUCCCUCGCAACGGAUCUCACAGCAAAGUUGACUUCCUACCAUCAUCUAAACCAUAUAGUUCUGGUACAGACAGCAAAAUGAACACUGUUAAAUCUUUCUGGGCGGGCUGGGGCGCAUUGUGCUUGGCCGGCGGCGGCGCAUACUACUUCGCGAAGCAAGGCAUCGAUGCUGACAGGCGUGCUCGCCUCGAGGAGCAGCGCAAGAGAAAGAGCAUGGUUGAAUCGCUCGAGUACUCACAGAAUGUCCCGACCCAGCCAAUUUCUUCUUCAGCAAUGGGUGGUUCUGCCUCAGUCCCACCUCGCCAGGGCACACCAGCGAGGACAGACACAGUCGGCUCACCAAGCCUAGAGACGGGCAAUGAUCCGGCGCCUACAAGGCAUGCGCCUGCUACCGAGGCCGAGAGGGUAGUCGAGAAGAGCAAGUACGAAGCCAGUGUGCCGUUCCGCAGUCCGAAGGGUGACCGGUUCUCAUAAGGGGUUUGGUGGUGGACUGGCUGGGUUUAGGUGGACAGACAGGUGGUGAAUGGCGGGUUGAACACGAGUCGUGGACCUUGACUAGCCGAACAUCGGAAGACACCGGAGGGAAAGCCAGAAUCGAAUUUGAGAUUGUAUAAGACAGCAGCAACCUUCCUCUCUCUUGAUUAAUAGCCCUCACGGUUCGGUCCUUCCGAUGAUGAGAGACCUAGCAUCUCUUCAUCCAACCUGAAGAUUUUGGUAGGCAUACUUGCCUA